UAAAUUCCACAAGAUAUCUUGAAUGGUACUAAAAUUUUAUUAAAUCCUUACAAGAAAACAAAUUUUAUUUAUAAUCUUAUGAUCUCCAAAAAAAAAACUAAGUCUUGGGGUUUAUUGAAAAUGAAGAAAAAAUCAUGGGGUUGUACAAUUAUCACUCAAUUUUCAUUAUGUUUAUCUCUUUUUCUUGUUAUCAAUUUGUGUCAAAAUCAAAAUCAGAAACCAAUUAUUAGAAAUGGAAAUGUGAAUAUACCUAUGGAAUUAUAUUUCAUUAGUGUUACAGGGGGUGUUAGGACUAUUGAAGAACAGACAAUUCUUCUCAAACAGGUGGAGAAGGUAGCAAAGAAGUUCAAUGCUAGAUUCGUUAUCAACAUAAGUGAACUCGGGGAAGAUGAUCCGCUUAUGCAAAAUGUUACUCAGCAUUUUCCUUCCGUGAAGAUUCCGUGGUACUCUACUCGAUCUCUCGAAGGACAGGGGGUGGAUCACUACCUUAAACAAUUCAAGUUUGCCCAUGGAAGCUUAGAUAUUAUAGUUGUGGAUACAGGAUUAUAUGAGGCUUCUGCAAAUGAUGCUGGAGAUAGACAGUCACAAUGGCUGAUAGACACACUUGAAAAUAGUGAAAGCAAAUGGUACCUUCAGACUGCACUACUUUACUCCAAAGAGAAA